GCCAGAGCCAGUAAAACAGAAGAUUAUUUUCUGUCAAAUGUCAAACACUAACGCCAUGUUUGGUGUUGUUUACAUUUUACAUGAUACAUGUAAAUGGAAAUUUAAAAAUGACUUUUAGUAUCAUUAAUAUGAUAAAUAAAACCUAGGAAUAAUCGAAAAUUAAACGAAGAAUAUGUGUGACAUUAUGGAAACAAGAUGCCGCCUGUGCGCGGAAUGCUGCUCCACUCAGCUCUCAAUCAUGCAGGACACUACUUUCUGCUUGAAGAUAUUCCAGCUAUUUCAAAUCAAAAUAUCGGCAGGAGACAACUUGCCCAUGUCUGUUUGCCCUGAUUGCCAUGACAUGGUGGAGAAAACUUGGUGCUUUAAUGAUCGAGUGCAAAAAGCUCAAGAUCUACUAGCAGAACUAGUUAAUAAAUUCAAUGAAAUGUUAACUGAGGAAAGCUUAGAGGUUCCUCUCCUUAUAACUGAUAAUGGUACUGAUACUACAUCAAUGGUUGAUUUUGGCUUCAUGGACUUGAAAAAUGAAGAUAAAUGUGACUUUAUACCUGGAGCACUGAAAGAUGUGGAUGGUUUGUCUGAUUCCUCAGGAAAUGAAAAGAAACUGAAAGAGCCAGUAGCAUGUAGCAAACGUAAAGUCAGGACUUCUAGGAGUGGGACUCGUAAAAAUGCCAAGAAAAAACAGACUGAAGACAUUCAAAAUUCUCAAACAGUGCAUCAAAUAUCAAACAUGGAAUUUGAGGUGAAAUCAGAUGGAAUGAUGGUUCAAAAGUUUGAUCCUAUAUUUGGCUGGGAUACUUAUCCAUUUUCCUGCUGUGACUGUCAACUUGUUAUCAACAAUUCUGAAGAAUUGAAGGACCAUUAUGGUACUGUGCACAAUUCAUCUCCUAGAUAUGCAUGUGCUGAGUGCCCUAAAGUUUAUACAAAGUAUAGUGUCUUUUUAGCACAUGUUAGGGUGCAUAGACCAAGACUCAAACUUUGUUGUGACAUAUGUUACAAAUGGUUUCCUACAGCUUCUGAGCAAGAUCAGCACAGAUCUGAACACACUGAUGAUAAGCCUCACAGCUGCACAAGCUGUGGAAAAAAAUUUCGCAUGCAGUCUGCCUUAUUAGUUCAUGCCAGAUCUCAUCUCCCAGCAGAAAUAAAAAAUCAGUAUCAGUGUGAUCAGUGCCCCAAGAAAUUUGGUACUAAACCUAACUUGAUGGCUCAUAAGAGGAUACACACUGGAAUUAGAGAUUAUACUUGUGAUCAGUGUGGAAAAAGUUUUGUACAAAAAGGUAACUUGGACAACCACCUGUUGACGCACACGGCCGCCCGGCCGUUCGACUGCCCCGCAUGCGGCAAGGCCUUCAAGACGGCGAUGCGCCUGCGCAAGCACGCCUCCGUGCACUCGGGCCUCAAGCCGCACCGGUGCGACGUGUGCGGCCGGCAAUUCAGGGAGCGCGGCACGCUCAACGAGCACCGGCGCAUCCACACGGGCGCCAUGCCGUUCGCUUGCGAGUUCUGCGGCAAGUGUUUCCGGUUCAAGGGGGUGCUGACGACGCACAGGCGGCAGCAUACCGGCGAACGUCCGUAUUCUUGCACCGAGUGCCAGCACCACUUCACCAACUGGCCAAACUACAACAAGCACAUGAAACGGCGCCACGGCAUCAACACCUCGGUCACGUGCCGCACACGCCAGGACAUUCCGCCCACCGGGAUGCCGCAUCGCAAUCCGCCCGGUACGGUCCUGGCGGCGCCCCAGCCAGGCCCGCCUGCGGCGACAACGGAGCCCGGAGGCUUCGCGGAGGAGGCGCCAGCACCGCCUUCGUCCCUUGCCGCUGGGUACUACCCCGUGUUGAGUUUGUAUAAUAUUCCCGAGGAGCUGUUGCAGCAGAGGGUAUGAGGAGGGGGGUACAGCUUUAGCUUAGCCAGAAGCAGGACCUUGAAGGACCUUCAACGAUGUUUGGGUGUCACGUGACCUUUUUUUUUUUUCAAGGUUGCAUCUCUUCCCUAGGGAUAUUGAAGAGAUUUGCAUAUGGAUGGUCUAAUUCUGACAACUUGUGUCCCACUCAGACUAGAUUUCACAGGAGAGACAAUAAACGUUCCUGGAGUCAAUAUAUCACAAUGCAGGCGUAGAAAAUGAAGAUUACAUUGUUCGAAUAUCAGAAAAAGUGGUUAUCAACCAUCAAAUGGUAAUCUAUCAUGUGGCUAUCAAUUGUUACAGACUCUGUACUUGCCGAAAACACAAGCUAACAGAAAACCAACGUUAGAUUUGGAGCAGGUAAUGAUUAAAUCGAAAUUAAGAACACUGAAAACACUGCAGUCAACAUCAUCCUGAUUGUAUAUCUAUGUAAUGUCAUUCCCUGUUUCCUGUUUAUAAUCACUGGCAGCAAACAUUAGCUGAAAGACUUGGGUCAUUUACUUCUUGGAAUGGGUCUCAAUCACUAAAAAAAGGGUUGAAUUGUUAUAAAAAAUUCUUCUUUUAGGCCCUUCCUAUUUCACCUAGCCUUGAUUUUUACUCAGAACAGAAAUGCCAAAUCAAUUGAGUUGCAGAUUUUUCAUUGUGUCGAUUGUAGCAUAAAUAUGGGCAAUUAUGAUCUGCUUGAGGUGCAGAAAUUCAGGUGAUUUGGAAAAAACAUGAUUCCAUCAAACUGAAAAAAAUCAUAGAUUUAUGGCAGGUAUUUUGAGAUGAUCUCGUACUAAAAACACAUUAUCAAACUAUUUUACUUCUCCAAGUCAUUUAUUUUUUAUUUGAUUUUGUACUUAUUUAUCAUUUUUAUUGUGAUUUUUUAUUUAUUCAAAAAAAUAUAUAAUCUUUUGUACUAGAAUUUGUACAAUGGUGUUGAAUAUUAAACUGCAAGUUAAUCCACCAAAUUUUUCAAUUGAUUAUGAUAAUUGAAACAUCUCCAGCCUACAUAUUAUGUGUUUGCUAUUAUAUGUAUUUUGUAGAUAUCAAGUGGAGAAUAAAAAUGUACAUAUUUAUAACAAUGGUAUGAUUAGGAAACCUUUUCCUUCAAAAUUCUUUAUAUACAUUAUAAGAAUAUUUCAAUAUAGUUUGAUCAUUAGUGCCAUCAGAAGUGUCCAUCUCUUGAGUUGGUAUACAAUGUUCAGGC